UCAAUAUUUUUUGAACUUCACACUCUUCUUCGUCUUUACUUCAAAACUAUGUAAAGUGUAAAACCCUACCGCAAGAUUUUUUUUUUUUAAAGUAAAAUUUACAAACCAAAACCCCAAAAAUCCAUCAAUAUAACAAUUUCAAUCUUGCUUUUAAAUGUCGCCGUCCACAGUCGAGAUCCGAUCAAUGGAUACUUUCUCUUCCAAUGCUAAACCCUACUCGGCGCCCCAAAACCCUAACGCUACACCCAAAAAUUUCACUGCAUUUCCUCAAACAAACCAUUCCCAUAUGAAUUCUUCUUCAUCGACCUCUUCCUCUUCUUCUUCUGCUCCAAUUUCCUCGACUUUCGGCAAUGGACGGGAGUUCGAUUGCGGGUUCGACUUUUCUUCCUGGAGCAGCAAGCAUCCAAAGUCGGCUGCAUCAGUUCGGCCCCGGCCGAGGCUGGUUAAGAGGAAGCAGUUGAAUGGGAAGGUGAGAACCGGGCAGAGCGAGGUGGGGUCUGGCUUCAACCCGUUUAAGCAAUCUGGUCAGGAAUCGGGUCGGAUAAACAAUAGUGGUAAUCUAUCAUCAUCUGGCUUUUUGGAUAGUUUGAAUAUAGUGAACAAUGAUAAUAUAAAUAAUAAUAAUGAUAAUAGUAAUAAUUUAAGGUUUGUAUUUGGUGCUAAUCAUGGAAGUGAUAGAGAAUCUAGUGGAAAUGUAAAGGUUGAGAGUGGAAAUGAGAAGCCUUUUAGAGAGUUUGAGAAGGCGGAUUUUGUAUUUGAAACAGAUUUGCGUUGUGACAUGGAGAAAUUGGGUUCUGAAAAGUGUGGGAAGUUUGGUUUUGUGCUUGGUGCUAAUGGGAGUGAUGGAGGGGCGAAAUUGAAUCCGGGAAAGGGAGAAUCCUGUGAUUUUGGAGUGAGUUUGGAUGGUUCUAGGGGGGAGAUGAAAGUGGAGAGUGGUGCCCAGGGUAGUAAAGAUAGUAAUUUAGAGUUUACCUCUGGUUUGAAUAAGAGUGAUUUAGCCUCAAAUUUGGAUUCAGGGAAGGGAGACUUUUGUGAGACUCUCAAAAAGCCAGAUUUUAAUGAUGCUGGUUUUGUGUUUGGCUCUAGUCGGAGUGAUUUGAAGUCAACUUUCGAUUCUAAUAAGAUUGAACCUACUAAUGUUGUGGGGGGAUCGAGUUCUAUGUUUGGUGCUAAUCACCUCAAUUCAUUCUCAUUUAAUUUGGAAAGGAGAGAAUCUGGUAAAAACUUUGGACAGUCAGUUUCUGGUGAAUUGGGGAAGAUGAAUAUGAAGGGUGAAUCAGAGUCCCAAAAUAUGGAAUCAACAGUUAAUUUCAAUGCUUAUGGAAGCAAGAGCUGGAUUGGGGAUUUUGCUAAUGGUUUCUUUGUAUUUGGUGCAACUAGCAGUAAAGAUUCGUUUCCUAAUGAAUGCAAAGAUGGAAUCAAUUCAAGCAGUGAAAACUUUGGAGUUUCUGCUAGCAAUGAUUGGCGUAAGGAUGCUUCUGAAAAUAGCAUUAAUAUUGGUAGUUCUUCUAGUGCAAACUCAAUAUUUAAAAUGGAACAUGAUUUACAGAAACUAAAUAUCAGUUGUGAUAAAAAUGUUGGUGGUACUUAUACAACUGAGGAUUCAAAUACAAAAGCGAAUUUGGAGACCAUAUUUGUGUUUGGUAGCAAUGAGAAGGCUUCUAGCCAUUUGAAAAAGGCUCCAGAGAGUGGUCAUUCUGACAACAAGUCCAGUAAUGGUAAUGUGAAUGAUGCUGUAUCCUGUAAUAGCUGUAACAAAGAUAAUGUUGGAAUCUCUUUUUCUGAACCAUUUACAUUUCAGGCAGGUAUUGAUAAGACUUCUGACAUUAAAAUGUUUUUUCAAGGUCAUACUAAAGAUGAUGUAGAGCUGAAUGGGACUGAUGCAUGCUCAAUGCUCAAUCUCAACUCACAAGGAAAUUGUCAUGUAAUUGACGAAGCAUCAGUUGGAACUGAAAGGAACAAUGAAAGUUGUUCAACCAGCACACUAGAUCAAUCUGGGAUUUCAUUCGGUGAUUUAAAAAUACCCGAAUGGGACCUUUCUUUCUUUAAAGCAAAUAUGUUUCCGGAAGUGGAUAUGAAAUUGGAAUUUGGCGUAAAAAGUGGCUUAAUUAAGGAGAAAAUGUUAAAGAAAAUGAGAGGAAAGUCUAAGAAAUCUUAUUUGCACAAGCAUUGCUCCAAGCAACAUCAUGUGCCGAAAGAAAGCAGUUCUCAAGAAAAUCAAGACUCCUCUGAAUGUUAUUCACCCAUGGAUUUUUCUCCUUACCAAGAAACUACAGCAGCUGAUCAAUCAUCAAAGGAAACUGCUCAGGCAUCAGAAGUGGCCUCCCCUUUAGAAUAUAAUUUUAUUUCCUCUGCCUUUCAUUCAUCAAUUCUCACUAUGCCUGAAGCUGAAUGCACAUCAACUGCACAAAAAGGAUCUGAUUCUAAUGAAGGUGAUCAGAAAUGCGGUGAGCAAAAUGAAGAGAAAUUUGGGGAUGAUCAUGAGAGCAUUUUUGUUGGUGAUGGUCCUUCAAGAGAAUCUGUUUGUGAAGCUGAAACUGCCUUCACUACUUUCAAAUCUGACUGGUACUGUACUAGCGGUGCUGCUAACGUUGGUGGAGCAGAAGGCCUUAAUGGGGCCCACGAAAACAAACACACAACACAGUCUUGCUUUAGUUCAGGCUUGGAAGAUGAGAGAAAUUUCACCUUUUCUGCAAUGUCAACUUCUGGGCAAGGUAGUUCGUCAUUUAGAAAGCAUCAGCUUCGAAAGAAAAGUAAGGUGAAAAUUGGUAAUGCUUCAUUUAUUAUAACUCCUAGCCCAGAUGUUAGAGGGUCUUCCUCUGUUCAAUUUUCACCUUGUGAUCCGGUAAAGUGUGAACAAAAGGAUGAAUCUACAUACCAUAGCAAAGAGGAGAAUGAACAAUGCAAACAAGAGUCUAACUCCUCUACUGCCGCAGUCCAGGAAGCCUGUGAGAUGUGGCGACUCAGGGGAAAUCAAGCUUAUAGAAAUGAUAAUCUGUCUAAAGCUGAGGACUUUUACACACAGGGGAUCAACUCUGUCCCCUCAAAUGAGACGUCAUUGUGCUCCAUCAAGCCUCUUGUGCUAUGCUAUAGCAACCGUGCAGCCACCCGGAUGUCUCUUGGAAGGAUGAGGGAAGCUUUGGCAGACUGUCUGAUGGCUGCUGGUCUUGAUCCCAACUUUCUCAAAGUUUAUGUCAGAGCUGCCAAUUGUCACCUUUUGCUGGGGGAAAUUGGAAAUGCUGUCCGGCAUUUCACUAAGUGCUUAGGUUCAGGAGCUGAUGUGUGCUUGGAUCGUCGAAUUACAAUAGAUGCUGCAGAUGGCGUCCAGAAGGCUCAGAGAGUAAAUGAGCUUACAAAUCGUUCUGCAAUACUUUUGGAACAAAAGUCAUCAAGCGCAGCAUCCAGUGCAUUAGAUACAAUUGCUGAGGCCUUGUCUAUUAGUUCAUAUUCUGAAAAAUUGCUUGAAAUGAAGGCAGAGGCCCUUUUUACGCUGAGGAAGUAUGAAGAGGCAAUUCAGUUGUGUGAGCAAUCUCUAUAUGUUGCUGAGCAGAACUUUCCUAAAGCAGAGACUGAUAACCAGUUAGCAAGCAUAGAUGGUUCUGGAUGUUAUUCUAUUGCAAUGUUGUGGAGGUGGCACUUGAUGUCUAAGUCAUACUUCUAUAUGGGAAAGCUUGAGAAGGCACUUGAUUUACUUCAUAAGCUUGAGCAAGUGGGAUCUAUGAAGGACAACCAUGGAAGCCAUAUUUUGGAAAUGUCUGUUUCAUUGGCUGUUACUAUUCGAGAGCUUUUGCGCCUUAAGAAUUCUGGGAAUGAAGCAGUUCGUUCUGUUAGGUAUACAGAAGCGGUAGAGCAUUACACAAUUGCGUUAUCAAGCAAUGUUGAAUCACGGCCUUUUGCAGCAAUAUGCUUUUGCAAUCGUGCUGCUGCACAGCAAGCUUUAGGCCAAAUUGCCGAUGCGAUUGCAGAUUGCAGUCUAGCAAUGGCCCUUGAUGAAAAUUAUACCAAGGCAGUUUCCAGGAGAGCUACAUUACAUGAGAUGAUCAGAGACUAUGGGCAAGCAUCUAGUGAUCUUCAAAGACUUAUCUCCAUUCUUGAAAAGCAAGCUGAUAAAAAAUCUCACCAGUCUGCCGCUCAGGAUGGAUCUACUGGCAACUCAAAAGAGUUAAGGCUAGCUCAACGUCAGUUAUCAUCUAUGCAAGAAGAUGCUAAAGGGAGUGUCCCUUUAGAUUUGUACCUCAUUUUGGGAGUUAAACCAUCUGACUCUACAUCUGAUGUUAAAAAGGCAUACCGCAAAGCAGCGCUCAGGCAUCACCCAGACAAGGCUGGUCAAUUCUUGGCACGGAGUGAGAGUGGAGAUGAGGGGCGACUCUGGAAGGAAAUUGCUGAGGAAGUUCACAAGGAUGCUGACAGGCUGUUUAAAAUUAUUGGAGAGGCAUAUGCAGUACUAUCAGAUGCUGCUAAGCGGUCAGAAUAUGAUCUUGAAGAGGAAAACAGAAAAACUCAUAAGGAAAGCAAAAGUAACCCAUAUGAAAGAUCACAAUAUGAGAGGAAUUCAAGCAGACGAUAUUGGCGGGGGAAUUCGAAGGAGUAUAGAAAUUCUCAUUCUCGAUGGUGGGAGGCCUAGAGAAGGAUUAUGCUGAAGUUUUAUACCCAUGUAACCCCAAUCGUCAUUAAGAAAGAGGAGCAGCUUCUAUAUAGGACAAGGUCCUCCAUGGAUCCAUGAGAAGUGACUGCCAUUUUUAUGAUCAGGUAAACGCAAUUUUAGACUGGAUACCUUUUAGAAGUGUAGCAAUUGGUCCAAGGCUCUAAGAUCAAUGACUUUAUGCAGAUGCUACUGCAUUGAGUGUAUCUAGUGACAAAGACAAGACUGGCAAGGAUAUUGCAGUUUUGACUCUUGAUACGAUGCAACUGUUUAUAUGCAUAAUUCCUCUAAAGGGCAUGUGCAGCCGUACCCAAGUUAAUUUUAUUAUUGAAAAAGAAUUGUUGGGUGCUUUGGACUUUUGAAACUCAAAACUGUGUACAAAACGUAGCGAUCAUUGGUUUUAUAGUCAUGAAGAAAAUAGAGGAAACACAUUCCAUUGUGAAUUCAUGUUGUAUCCCGAUUUCUGUCUGCCUAAAAUUGGUGGAUUUCGCUUGGUGUUUUAUGAUAGUUUUGUUUUUUCUUUUCGCACUGCAUAUAGGGAAGAGCUGCAAAAUAGUAGGAUUUAUGAAGGAACCUGUCAAGUUAGAAGGUAAAUCCGGAUAGGAAUCAACGUAUGUAAUGGCUUUGAAUGAUUUAUUAUUACAUGGUGAUCGCAUUUUGGAUGUUUAGGUCUUCAAUUGGCUUUACCCUUGCUGAUUCUUUUUUUACACUCUUUUUUCGUUAUGGAAAAUAUCAAAAUUAAUGUUGUUUUUGCAUAAAAGCUUCUCAGAUUUUUUUUUUUUUUAAUUUCUUUGUUCACAUUUUGCAAUGGAAUUUGCGUGGGUAAACUGACUUUGUGCCGCUUCUGGUCUUUUAGAAGAACAAAAAAGAAAAAAAAAAGGGCCUCCGCGUCUUUGGCUAAGGGUUUUUUUUUUAUUUUUUUUCAGUUGGAAUAUAAAUAUUUUCCCACUUGCCUGAACUUUUAAAUUCACAGAUAUGUAAUUUCUUGUAUUUCUCAAAUUAUUCUUGUGGCAAAGUUCUUGUCAGAUUUAAUAUCAUAUUAAUCAGAAAGCACCACAUCGUGCAUGCAAAGAAAAGUUAAAGCCUUGACAUAUCUAAAGACCAAACCAUUCAAACGAGGACAAUCAAAGAAUUAAUCUAUUUACCCUCCGUACCUCCAAUCAGCUGCCUUAAAAUUGCUUAAUUUUAACAUGCACGAUGCCAUGUAAAAUUGCUUAAUUUUAACAACUUCAGAUCAUUUCUAUACUCUU